UUUGGGGUGGCCACAGCUGUAAAUGUAUACCUGUUAGUGCUGGCUAACACAGCACUGUUAGUGUUGGAUAAAAAACAAUGGCAAUGGAGUCAAAUUUAUUUUUGGUUUUCCUGUUGUCAUUUUUUUUAUAUAAAAAUGCAAAAGCGGAAAUCAGCGGACUUUUGCUAGAUGAGCAACAGGAUAUGGACAUGGAACUACCGCCGCACAUUAACGGAAAGGAGUUUCCAGCAAUACCACAAAACUCCUUACUUACGCAUCCCAGAUUAAAAUGUUUUGCGUGUGAACCACCCUGUCUCGAUCCCAAUGAGCAUGCACAUACGUGCCAGAACGCUAUACAGUGCUGGAAAUCUCGCACACGCGAUGCCGUUGGCCAGGAGCAAGUGUCACGCGGCUGCACCACGUCGCAGGAUCAAUUGCCACUGAUUUGCAAUCCGAUUGGAUUGAAUAAGCUCAACGGACCCUCAAAACGCAACACGGCAAAAUUCAUAAAUGUCGUCUGCUGUGCCAGCGAUUUUUGCAAUGACGGCGAAUUUCCCGAGUUGCCACCGUUUGUUAGCGGCGAUGUGGCAACGGUGAUCACAGCCGAUAGCAGCAACAUCAGCAAAAUGGCCGCCGCCAUUUUGGGCCCAUUUCUGGUCAUCACGCUGAUCGGCGCAGUGGCCGUGUGCUUUAUGCGGCGCAGCCAUCGCAAGCGUCUGGCUGCAACGCGAGUUAAACAGGAUCCCGAAUCAUAUUUGGUUAACGAUGAAUUGCUGCGCGCCACCAGCGCUGGGGAUAGUACUCUGCGCGAAUACCUGCAGCAUUCGGUUACUUCCGGUUCGGGAAGCGGUUUGCCGCUACUGGUGCAACGGACGCUGGCCAAACAGGUGACGCUCAUUGAAUGCAUCGGCCGUGGCAAGUACGGUGAGGUGUGGCGUGGUCACUGGCACGGCGAGAGCAUUGCCGUCAAAAUAUUCUUCAGUCGCGACGAGGAGUCGUGGAAACGUGAAACUGAAAUCUACAGCACCGUGCUGCUGCGCCAUGAGAACAUACUUGGCUUUAUUGGCUCCGACAUGACCUCACGCAACUCGUGCACCCAGCUAUGGCUAAUGACGCACUACUAUCCACAGGGCUCGCUCUUUGAUCAUCUGAAUCGGAAUGCACUCAGCCAUAAUGAUAUGAUUUGGAUUUGUUUGUCGAUUGCCAAUGGACUGGUCCAUUUACACACUGAAAUCUUUGGCACUGAGGGCAAGCCCGCCAUGGCGCAUCGGGAUUUGAAGUCGAAGAACAUAUUGGUCACCGCGAACGGUACCUGUGUCAUAGCUGAUUUUGGUUUGGCGGUUACACACUCGCAUGUGACGGGACAACUGGAUUUGGGCCACAAUCCCAAAGUGGGCACCAAGCGCUAUAUGGCACCCGAGGUCUUGGACGAGAGCAUUGACAUGGAGUGCUUUGAGGCACUGCGACGCACUGAUAUCUACGCUUUUGGACUGGUGCUGUGGGAGGUUUGCCGGCGCACCAUUUCGUGCGGCAUUGCUGAGGAAUACAAGGUGCCCUUCUAUGAUGUAGUGCCCAUGGAUCCCAGCUUUGAGGAUAUGCGCAAAGUUGUCUGCAUUGACAACUAUCGACCAUCCAUACCCAAUCGCUGGAGCUCAGAUUCGCUACUGGCCGGCAUGUCCAAGCUAAUGAAGGAGUGCUGGCAUCAGAAUCCGAAUGUGCGUCUGCCGGCGUUGCGCAUUAAAAAGACUAUACAUAAAUUAGCUUCCGUUGAUGAGAAGAUACGUUUAGACUUCGAUGAAGUUUGCGUUUAGUAGGUUUUUAAGUGUAGACGCUAAGUUAAGUUAAUUAUUAAUUUGUGUAAGCGACAUUAGUUAAGUUCAUUUUGCUAGCAGCUAAGUUUUCAUACAUAUAUUGAAGUUUUAUUUUAUUUUCCCUUUCAUUAGUCUGUAGCUGCAUUAAUCGAGAUUUAGUUUUGUGCCUUUCAAAUUGCCUUAAAUGUAAAAUUCAACUUGACUAGAGACAUCAUCUAUUUAAGUUCUAUGAAUCGCCUACAUCAAGCUGCCUCCAUAGAGUAGACAGCGUUUUUAUAAUCUUUACUCAUUUUCAUUUCAAGUGCCAUUACAAUUAAGAAUUGGUAAACAAAAAAAACAUUUUUAUAUAUUAAAUUUAAGCUCACUUUUUACACCUACACCUAUUCACGAACACACAUGAACAGCUAUCAAGCAGCUAUAUAGUUUCUUUUCUUAUCAAGCUAUGAUAGAGUUAUUGAGAAUGUAAACAAUUGGCGCCACACACACUCACAAAACAUAUUGCGCACCUAGUUAAGAGCAUAUGCAUGUACAUGAAAAGUUCCCAACUACAUAUAGAUGAUAUAUACACAUAUAUAAUUAUAUAUAUAUACAAACAAUACUUUGUAUACUGUACAAAUGCGCGCUAAAUAAGUUGUAUAUGUAGUUUACAAAUGACUUUAAGAUACUAUCAACAAAUAAAAUAUACUCUAAUUGUUAAGUAA